AUGACCGGCGAGAUACGCGAACAACUCGAGCGACUCCUCGAUUCCGAUGAUGCCACCGAUCAUGCUCGACUCUUCUUCCUUUCAAGGGUCUUCGAGUCCAUUGGACACAUUACUAAUAAGACGGACGCCGAGCAAUUAUUGAGAAAACUUCAAAUUAUUGACUCGAAUGAUAAUGUGGUCAAGACUGCUCCAGCUCCUCCACCACCUCCACCUCCUCCACCUCCACCUUCAAUGCAAUGUCGUGCUCCGCCGCCGCCACCACCGCCACCUCCGCCUCAUUCUUCUUCAUGCUCUCCACCAAUGGGACUUCCACCACCUCCGCCACCACCAGCAAAUCUUCAAACACGUUCGCCGGACGUUGUUAAGAAGGAAUGUCCGCAAUCAAUGACACCAAAACGGGAGAAAAAAACGAAAACGAAAACGGUGCAAUGGUCGAAAAUCAACGCGAGCGUUGUUUCGAAUGAAAGCGUCUGGGGCAAACUGGCGACGGCCUCAAAAGUCGACCUCAAUUUUGAGCUUCUCGACAAUUUCUUUGGCAUCGAAACAACAUCGAUAGAACCGAAUACGGACACGUUGAGAAAGAAAUGCAAAAAAGACUCGUCGGUCGAACUUCUGACAGCAAAACGCAGUCAAAACGUUGCGAUUAUGCUGAAACAGUUCAAAAAUCUCGACGAGUUUAUCGAAAGUGUGCACAGCAACAAGCCAAUUGGAGAAGUGGAUGCACUUCAAAACCUGUGCUCGAUGCUGCCGCAAUCCGACGAGGAAGAAGCUUUUCGACGAUACACCGGCGACAUUCAUCUGCUGUCGGCUCCCUCAAUGUUUUUCUAUCGAUUGGUCGCUAUCCCCCAUUACAGAUUGCGAAUCGAAACAAUGCUAUUCCUCUCAGAAUUUGCAACACAAAUGCAGGAAGUUGGCCGAAACGUCGAGGUUUUCAUAAAAGCUUGUCAAGAAUUGCUCAAAUCUUCUAGUCUUCCGCGAAUUCUUCUCGUUCUUGUCAAUAUGGGCAAUUAUUUGAAUAGCAAUAAUGCUCAAGGAAAUGCGUUCGGUUUCACUUUGAACUCAAUGUGGAAGCUGAUCGAUUUGAAAGGAAACAAACAAGAAUUUUCGCUAUUACAUUUAUUGGUUUCGUACGACUCGAAUAUUGUGAAUGACCUUGACGACGAGCUUCCUUCUUUGAAACAAGCCGCUCAAAUGAGUUUUGAAGAGGUGAAAAAUAUUCGCAAAUCGCUGAACGACGGCCGAGUGAGACUUGAGCGUCGUUUGGAGACGUGCGGCGAGUUGUUUCCCGAAUUUCUCGAUUUGGUCAAACUCGAUUGUGCCAAUGAGCUCGAUGAGUUCGAGCAAGAUUUUGUCGAAUUGUGCGGUCUUCACGAGAAAUUGGCCGAUUAUUUUUGCGAAAAUCGCGCGAGUUUUCAACUCGAUGAAUGCUUUAAAAUAUUCAAUGUGCUCAUGAUGAGAUUACAGCAAACGUUGAAGGAGCACACACUACGCGAAUUGAGAAAAGCUCGACGACAAGACGUUGAAAAUGCGCACAAGGAGGAUGCGGCGGCGAAAAUUAGUACCGAAGAGAGUCGGACGAAAAAGAAGAAAGAUCUGUUCGAGACCCUCGCAACACACAACAACACCAUGGAAAUGGUGAGAAAACGGGCUAGUGAGGUGAUCGAUUUAAAGCAGAAGCUCGGAAAUAUCCGCAUUCGAAAAAUAAAAGAAGCGCUGAAAAGCGAGCCAAGUGAUUUCAGUUUUGCUCCGGCUCCGAUCAGUCUGACAGACACGAAAGAAAACGAAAAGGUCGUUGAAUCGGCAAAAACGUCGACCAACUACGAGACAUGCAACGACCUCGAAUCAUACAUUUCGAAUCUUUCGAAGAAGAGAAACAGCCACAUGCGUCAGAAGGAGAAGGAAAAAGAAAAGGAGGAGCCGAAGAAGGUUGGAAUUCUAGUGGAAUCUCAGAAAACCGCCGAAGUGCAGAAACUUCGAUCACCAUCAAGUCAAAUCAAACCACCAAUGACAAAGAAAUCGAUAGCCGAGCCAGUUUCGAAGAUUGCCGAAAUUCGCAAGCCGGUGCCGAUCCUCGAAAAAGAGAAAAAGAAGGCCGAUGAGAGACGAGCGGCGCCGACGAGGCCGACGAUAAUCCAAACACCGAGGCCACAAGUUCGAGUCGUUCGGCCGCCCGUCGCAAAGGCAACUCCAAUGCCACGUGUGACCGUCACCGUACAAAACGUGUCGCCGGGGUCGAGAAGGUCCAGUGCACCACCGGUUAGAAAACCGACGGUCGCAACCGACAAGAAUAUUACUGUAAAACCAACAGUAUCGACGUCCGCUCGACCAAGCUUGAUAACGAGCAGCUCGACAUCAUCGACACGAUCUUCUCUUCCGAAAAUGAGCGCAUUAGAGAAGCCGAAACCACUGCGAACCACUCCGACGAAACCCAAUUCGCCAUCGGGAUCCGCUCGAACGGGUCUACGACCGCCGAUGGCGACGACGGCAAGGAAUGGCGCGAAUCGACCGAAAUGGGUUUAA